AUGGAUCAAAUCCCUCGAAGUUAUCUUCGAAUACAUGGUGACCGAAUCCACUGCGCACUAUUGUUCUUGAAGAAUGAAGCCAGAAAUUGGUGGGAAGGCGCAAAGUGUGGGAUCGAUCUAGCAAAUACCACUUGGGAAGCUUUCAAAGUUCUUUUCUUCGAAAAGUACUUUUCCAGGAAUGUCCGAGCACAAAAGCUUAAGGAGUUUCUCGAACUCAAACAAGGAAACCUAACCGUUGCCGAAUUCACUCGUCGUUUCGAGCAAGGAAGCUUCUAUGCACCUUUCAUUUCCAUGUACGACACCGAGAAAAUGAAUCACUACCUAAGGGGCCUCAACCCGAUAUUCAAGCGCGACGUUCGACUAACCUCUGCUUAUACUUUCCGCGGAGUAGUGGACAAGGCCUUAGAAGCCGAACAAGACGAGAUGGAAAUCCGACAAUGCAGACCUCCUCAAGAUGGCUUUUCUCGACCAUGGAAGAAACCGAACCUCAACAACGCCAAAGGAAAGCAACCGAUCAACCGAGCAACCGCGACCCCGAGAAACAAGACCUUUUGCCCUAAAUGCAAUCGAGAGCACUCAGGCAAUUGUGUUGCCGGAACCAACCACUGUUUUCGAUGCAAGAAGCCCGGACAUAUGGUCCGGGACUGCCCAAUCGCCCCGAGACAAGUGCCGGGACGAGUAUUCGCCAUCAUGACUAGACACCAAGCCGAAGCCAACCCGUCAAUGAUCGCAGGUACCGUUAAUGUCUAUAAUAAUUCCGUGUAUGCCCUCAUCGAUUCCGGAUCAACUCACUGA